AUGGGAUCUGGGGAAAUUGGCGAAGUCCCCAUGCGCAGACUAGUAGCUAGCAAAGUCUCCAUUUGCGGACUAGUAGAGGGCGGAGUCUCCGUUUGUGGACUAGACGACGGAGGAGAAGCCAACUCAGGAGGGUCGAGGGCCAAGUCCAGCAUGGCAUCCUCGGCGAGAUCAAGAAAAGCAGCACUGAUCGUGGGAGGAAAAGAAACCCGAGUAGGGGUGAUGGGGCCAUCCUAG